AUGCACGCCGGCGAUUUUGCUCAAAUGUCUCACAACGGAUUCGCAAUGCAACCCCUUGGUGGCAUGCCUGCUGGUGGCCUGGCUUCGCGUCGUGGUGGUCAGAACAUCAAGCCGCUAUCAUUCGACUCCCUCAAGGCUGCAAAUGAGAGCAACGACACUGGUGUUCCCACACCACGGACGAGCCGAUCGCAUCUGCUCGCAGGCCUCCGGACCGCUCCAAAGUCGGCCACCACGUCCACCUUUCCGUCUUCUGCCACAGCUGCUUCGACUGCCCAGCACCUACCCAACAGGAACGGCGCCAACUCGGGUAUGUACAAUGCUCAGGAGAACGUUUAUGCUGGACCCAAGACAUCGCUUCCCCGUCUUGCGACGCAACAACAACAGCAGCAGCAGCAGCAGACGUACAACCCCAUGAUGAUGGGUCUUGGACAACACUAUACUGCUGACCAGAUUCUUGCUCCGCCUCAGCUGCAAUUUGACGAGCAGGAUCAGGAGCAGAUGGACCCUUCAUUCUACGCCCAGUUGGUAGCUGCGAACAUGCACUUGGCUCAGCAGCAACAGCGCCUUCAGCAGCAGCUCUUGAACAUCCAGGCUGCAGCUCAGCAAUUCCAGGCCCUGAACCUCAGCGGCCAGGCUUCAUUCCAGCAGCAGGUGGCUCUGCAGACUCUGUACCAGCAGCAGCAGCAGCUCCAGAGCCUGCAGCAGUCACUUGCAUCCAUGCAGCAGCCUCAACAGAAUGUGUACACUUAUUACGACCCUGCCACCGGCAAGCAGGCUUAUUACGUUGACCAGAGCCAGGCACAGUACAGCAAUGCUUACCUGGACCAGCCCGCUACGCCGCAAAACAUGACCUUCCAGCAGGCAACAGGCAACACUCCUCGCGUUGAGGUAUCCCCGCCCCCUAUGGAGAACGAGAGGCCAUUCUUCCGUAGCAACUCGCCGCCCAAGAAGCUAGAGAUGACAGCCGAGCCUACCCCUCUUCCGCCGCCGUCUGCCAAUGCUUUCCGUCGAGGACACAAGAAGGCUUCGUCAAUUGCAAACCAGAAGGGCUUGUCACUGUCGACUGAGGACGCGAACAAGGCGGCAGGGCCCAAGACGGCUGCAUUCCCAAUCUCCCCACUCAUCAGUGGCUACGGACCUGGCCAGGCCCGUGCUGGUGAGCACCCCGUCCGCCAGCCUCGUGGUCCUCCUUCGAUCGAUGAGCUGCGUGCCAAGCCGACUGCCAAGCAUGAAGGAAGCAAGAACUUUGCUGUUCGCACUCGCCGCUCCGCUGUCCACAAUCUUGUUCGCGCUGGUCUGGAGAGACGCAAGGGCACCAGCAGUAGCUCCGGCAGCAUGAGCCCCGUCUCGGAGACCGCCGAAGAGGCUGGAACUCCUCUCACGGAUAACGAGUCUGACUCUGGACGUAGUGGCUCUGGAAGUCUUUCCGGUGAUGCUGAGCCGAGUUUGGCUAGUUCCCGUACCUCGACCAGCGGUAGCUGGGGCGCCAUUGGGUCUGACCGCCCAAGCUCUCGUUCCAAGUCACGCAAGAGUGUUGAGAGUCUGAACAGCGCUUCCGACAGCGAGGCCGGUAGCUUCGCCAGCGUGUUCAAGCACGGAACGCAGCGCAAGCCCGAGGCUGCUGACGGUCAACGCAAAGCCCCAAUGCUGGUGCUCACCAGCGCUGAAAAGCGCAAGGGUAGCAUAGCCGCUUAG